UAGUCAAAUUCAGUGCAAACAAUAGUUUUCUUCGCUUUUGAAGUUGUUGUCAUUCAAACGCAGAUUACCCGCUCGCUCUAUCGUAAAUCAAUCCGGUUGCGAUAGCACAAGAGCAGCACACGGACGCCACGAUCGCCGGUUCUUUCCCAUAACCAACGGCUUGUCCGCGAGUCCGUACGCGCGCCCGAUUUUAGUCAACAAUUGUGGGAAAUCCGAACAACCCGUUCGAUUGCUUCGUCGCACAGAUUCAGUGGUGCGAUAGCGGCAAGUUUUAUGCUAGGGCCACUGAUCGUGCGUAGCGGUCGAAUUCUCACGCACCUUCGCCUUCCGUUGCGCCGAAGUGUCUCUGUCCCCAGCGUGCUUCGUCGAACAAAGUACAGUCGUCUAGCGAUGCCGGAAGCAGCAGCGGCCGCCAGUGGCAACAAGGUCCCGCAGUAUCCCGAGGCGCGCAGGGAUGACUCGGUGGUGGAAGAGUUCCAUGGCGUCAAGAUUGCCGACCCAUACCGUUGGCUGGAGGAUCCGGACGCGGAGGAAACCCGUGAGUACGUUGAGCGCCAGAAUGAAAUUUCGAAACCCUUCCUCGACACCUGCCCGGAGUGGAAGAAGCUAAACGAGAAGCUACGAAAGCGUUGGAAUUAUCCGAAGUACUCGUGCCCCUUCAAGCACGGCAACAAGUACUUUUUCUUCAUGAACACCGGCCUGCAGAAUCAGGAUGUCCUCUACAUCCAGGAUACGCUGAACGGGGAACCGAAAGUGUUUCUGGACCCGAACACCCUCUCCACCGAUGGUACGAUCGCACUGGUCGGUUCGCGCUUCUCCGACGAUGGGCGACUGUAUGCGUACGGGUUGAGCCAAAGUGGUUCGGAUUGGACGAAGCUAAAGAUACGCGACGUGGAGACGGGCGAGGAUUUUCCGGAAACCAUUGAACACACCAAGUUUGUGACGGCCUCGUGGACAAAGGACAAUAAGGGGUUCUUCUAUGCGCGCUACCCUGCCGCCGAUGGGAAGGCGGACGGCUCGGAAACGGCGGCGAACGAGAACCAGAAGCUGUACUACCACCGUGUCGGUGACUCCCAGGACAAGGACGUUCUGAUUGCGGAGUUUCCGGAGGAACCAUCCUGGCGACUAAUGCCGGAAGUUUCGGAUUGUGGCAAGUACCUGUUGCUGUUCAUUAUGAAGGGCUGCAAGGACAUGCUGCUGUACUUUGCGAACUUGGAAAAGGCGGGCAACCUGUCGACAAAGCUCGACUUUGUGAAGGUGGUCACGGAAUUCGAUAGCGAUUACGAUUACGUCACGAAUGAGAACAGUAUCUUUUCGUUCCGCACGAACAAGGGUGCCCCAAACUAUCGCAUCGUCAACAUUGACUUUGACGAACCGGCCCUGGACAACUGGAAGACGCUGGUCGCCGAACAUCCGAAGAACGUGUUGGACUGGACAACGUGCGUGAACAAGGAUCGCAUCGUGCUCGGUUACAUCGACGAUGUAAAGUCGAUGCUACAGGUGCACAGUCUGGCCGACGGGAGCUUCGUGUCAAAGUUUCCGCUCGACAUCGGCACGGUGGUCGGGUUCAGUGGGAAGAAAAAGUAUUCGGAAAUUUUCUACCACUUCGUAUCGUUCCUUACGCCCGGGAUUAUCUAUCACUACGAUUUCGCCACGGCCGCUGGCCAAGAUGCCGGCACUCCGGUCGACCCGACCAUCUUCCGCGAGGUAAAGAUCGAAGACUUCGACAAUAGUCAGUACACGGUGGAGCAGAUCUUUUACCACAGCAAGGACGGCGAGAAGGUGCCAAUGUUUAUUGUGCAGCGCAAGGAGCAGGAACGGAAAGAGCACAAACCGUGCCUGCUGUACGGGUACGGUGGGUUCAACAUUUGCGUGCAACCAUCGUUCAGCAUUACCGGGCUGGUGUUUAUCGACUCGUUCGACGGGAUUCUGGCCUAUCCGAACAUUCGCGGUGGAGGAGAGUACGGUGAGCGGUGGCACAAUGCCGGGCGAUUGCUGAAGAAACAGAACGUGUUCGACGACUUUCAGCACGCCGCCCAGUAUCUGGUGGAGCAUGGCUACACGCGGCACGAAAAGAUUGCCAUUCAGGGAGGCUCGAACGGAGGUUUGCUGGUGGGCGCGUGCAUCAACCAGCGGCCGGAUCUGUUCGGUGCUGCCAUAGCGCAAGUCGGUGUGUUGGAUAUGCUACGGUUCCACAAGUUUACGAUCGGUCGCGCUUGGGUCUCGGAUUACGGCGAUAUGGACGAGAAGGAACACUUUGAGAAUCUGCUCCGUUACUCGCCGCUGCACAACGUACGGCGGCCAGCGUCCGAGAAGGAGCAGUACCCGGCCACGCUGGUGUUAACGGCCGAUCACGACGAUCGCGUUAGCCCGCUGCAUUCGCUCAAGUUCGUUGCUGCCCUACACCACGCCAUCAACGGUUCCGAGCAGCGGAACCCACUGUUGCUGCGCGUGUACAGCAAAGCCGGGCAUGGCAUGGGCAAACCGACGGCGAAGAAAAUAGAAGAAGCGACCGACAUUCUAACGUUCAUGUUCAAGACGCUUGGUCUGAAACUAACUUUCUGAACGCGGUCCUAGGGUUUGGUAUCGGCUUUUUUGGCAUUGCGAAAAAGGGAAAGCUGCUUACUGUGCAGAAUGAAGAAUAUGCUUGAAAGCAACCACAGUUCUAUGGCAUACAUCUCCUGAGUUUAUGGCGAUUUCAAAUAAAGUUGUGUUUCAAAGUAUUUGUAACCGGUUAAGCAAGAUAAGACGAUUUCUUUCCAUGUCUCUUUCGACUAUAGUUUUCUCUUGUUUAAAACAUCAAUGAUGGAUAUUAGAUUCUAACUUCUUUUGGACAAGAAAAGAAGCAAAUAAAGUAGUGCACUUUAUCACCGGUUAAUAAAUACCGUACCGGAAAGGAAAGCCGAAGAACAGUCAUCGUUUCGCCUUGUGUGUGCGCGCAUUUGUCUAGAGGUAUGUCUGCAAUGAAAGAAUAAAUGCGAAAAAUGACGGAAAUAUUUAUCAGCGGAGAGGGUGAUAAAUUCUACUGCAGAUAAACAAUGACUGAUACUAGAUUAGGUUAGCAAGCGCAGGGUGCACAGGGAGUGAAGAUAACGGUAACGACGUGAACCAAACCAACCCGUACGAGCCAUAACCUUAAACAAUAAACAGAUAUUAUAGGUAACAAAGAUAAAACCCACGACGGAACUCUAACAAUCAUUCACCGCUAAGCCUUGACGGUGACUACCAACACGUUUUUCGUUUGAAUUUUUGAUCGUCUUUGAAAUUCUUUAUUAUACCUUCCGAUUGUUGCCUUCAGUUCGAGAUAUAUGAGAUGCUGCGUUUUGUGUAUAUUGUUGUAAAUUAUAAUAUUAUUACUAUUUCGUCUUACUGUUGUACCGUCGUCACGUGCCCCCAAGGGUUUUAACCUCUUUUAACGUGUUCGUGUUUGUCUUUCUAUUCCUGCCUGUUUUCUCCGAGCUGUUUCCUCUCAGUCGUCGGAGUUGAUCGUACAGAGUCAAACAUGCCACGGUAACGGAGGCCAUUCUUUCGGAGGGUUGGAUUGUUGGCCGUAUGUUGUCAGUGGUGCUCUUCUGAACGUUGGUGAUUGGUUCCCAGCGCCCAGAUACCCCUAUUGUUGUAUUGAUGUAAUCAUUUCAAAGGACU